AUGUCAAUAUAUGAAGCUUUUUAUUGUGGCUUAAUAAUUGGCAAAUUACAUACAAAUAUAAUUGAACAAGAACCUUCUAAACAAAUAAUAAAUAUCGAUGAAAAAUAUGAUUUUGACUAUGAGAUAUUAUUUUCAUUAUUACAAACUAUUGUUAAUAAUUUAAAUGAAUUUAUAAAUACAAUAAAUAUUAUUGAUGUAUGUCAAUUAACAUCAAAUGGAUAUAUUCAACAUAAAAAAACAAAAAAAUGCUACUUAUUAACACAAGCAAUCGAACUUGGUCUAGUUGCAUUUCAAGAUAGUUCACAAAUAACUCCAUUCGACAACUCAAAAGAUAAAUGA